CGUGAAACAACAUACUUCAUAAUACUGCAAUAGCACGCAGGCCACCACGCAAGCAGCCCCAUUCGCGUUGAGCACAAGGGUUUGCCUGCUUACGUUACAGGCUUCUGCCUUGCUGUUCCUGACUUAGCUAGGCCAAGAACCGUUUCGGUAUCAAAAUUACACAGUAGGAGUAUGAAGCACACGGUGCACAACAAACCAGCAUGCCUAACAUCUGGGCCAACACGCGCCCCUCGUUGCAUGCCUACCAGUCGGACACGGGUAGCAUCAACGCACACGUCCGCUCCUGUCUCGCCAGGAGUGCUAUCGCAGGAGCAGGUCGAGCGGUUCCAUAAAGAUGGUUUUCUUGUACUGGAGCGGUUCGCUAGCCCUGCGGAUUGCGCUCGGCUACGGAAGCGGAUGGAGGCACUCCUUCAUGAGUUCGACCCAAAGACCAUUUCUAUCUUUUCCACCAGGAAUCAGACAAAGAAGACCGACAACUAUUUUCUACGGAGCGCGAGCGACAUCGGCUUCUUCUUUGAGGACAAAGCUUUUGACGAAACAGGCGGGCUGCGGCAACCCAAGGAGCUCAGCAUAAACAAAGUCGGGCACGCCCUUCACGACCUGGAUCCGGUCUUCCGCGAGUUCUCCCGCUCGCCCGCGGUCUGCAACGUGCUGCGCAGCCUGGGAUACAAGCGGCCGCUUCCCGUGCAGUCCAUGUACAUCUUCAAGCAGCCCUCCAUCGGCGGCGAGGUGAUUCCGCACCAGGACUCCUCCUUCAUCCACACCUCCCCGCUCAGCUGCGUGGGCCUGUGGUGGGCGCUGGAGGACGCCACAAAGGACAACGGCUGCCUGUGGGCCAUCCCAGGCAUCCACAAGGAGGGCCUCAAGCGGCGCUUCCUGCUGGGACCCGACGACAGCGUCUCCUUCGACGCGCCGCAGCCGGCCUACGACAUGGGCGCGUUCGUGCCGCUGGAGUGUCCCGCGGGUACGCUGGUGCUGCUGCAGGGUGAGAACGUGCACUACUCGGCGGAGAACACCAGCCCCGUGUCACGGCACUCGUACGCCAUGCACCUGGUGGAGGGGGCGGAGGGCGUGCAGUGGUCGCCGGACAACUGGUUGCAGCGCGAGCCUAGCUACCCCUUCCAGCCCCUCUACGGGUGAGGCGGGUGAGGAGCUGGAUGGCGACAUAGGAUAGCGGACCUGUGUAUUACCGAACUUGGGAAAGCGCGGCUGCCUGCGAAGAAUGAACAUGUGUGUUUGAGCUGUGUAAGGAUGACCAUGUCGCCGCGUGGAAUGCCCGAGUGUGGGCGGCGGCCAAGAUAGGUCCACAUUUUUUAGCACAGGGCUGGCUGUGCCUUGCCUGGCGGCAUGGAUUGGAUGUGUGGAGUGUUUGAACGCCCCACUUGCAGACUGGCUAGGAGGCUAGGAUUAUACUGGAGAACACUGGCUAGUCGAGUAUGUGCCGUACUAGUAACCACGUGCGUUACAUGUGACUAAUGAAGAGUCCUUGUCGCCCUUACCCGCGAAGUGACUGCAAGGUACUUUUGCAGAGAUGCCACGCUUGCAAGAGGGAGAUGUUGUGUACCUAAGCGGACGCGUGAUGGACGGAAGCAAUAUAGGAUGUACAGGUCCCGCUUGUACGGGCGUAAAACUACGGCAGAUAAUUGUUGUUGGCGACUGUUAUCAUAGAGGCUAUAGUUUUUAAUCACAUUGACAUCUUGGGCGCCAUUGCGAUUGUAGUGAACGGUUUGGAAGUGGCUGCAUAUAUAGUCAAAGAAAGUUGAGCAUAACCCUGAUUGUAAUUAUGCAUGUUGAAUUCGUAUAAGCUGCUUGUGUUUGCGCUUUACGGCAGCUAUUGUGGCUAUGGCGGCUUGCGACAAUUCAGCAAGCAAUGUGGAUGGGCAAGCAGCCAGCCGGCGAGAGGAGUGCCGACGCUGUCUGCGUCCACGGCGCGUCUGUGUAUGCGAGGCCCUGCCCACUUCCCCACUGCGGCUGCGAGGCCAAGUCCUGAUCCUCCAACACCCACACGAGCUGAAGAAGCGCUUGGCCACUGUGCCGCUGCUGCGGUGCUGCCUGGAUGAGGCUUCCCUGCACGUGGUUACGG